CACCCUGAAUGCGAAGCUAUGUUUUCAUCUGCCUGCUAGUUCCAGGCUGCAGUGGCAGAAGCUACGAGGCGUGUUUACAUAUCUCUGUGAAAAUGGCUUUCAAGACCGUGGGUGCAGCAUUAACACGUACACUAUGGACCACUGGAAACAGGACCCCCCCUCUCGCUCGAUCCCCCAAAGUGAACAGACUUUCCACUUCAUGCAGGGGGACAGCAGGAACAAAGCAGGGCGAAAAAACUAAUCAGCAAAGUUGCGGGCCGAGUUGCGACGCGCCAUCCUCAUCCAGCGAGCCUCCACACAUAUGCGGCUCCGGUGAGAAAAAGCGAUCCAAGGAGUCAGUGGGGACUCCCGGGUACACUGGCGUGAGGAGACGGUCAUUCACGUCCAAUGCAGCCCCGAUGGACCAGAGAUCCUUUCUGUGGACUCGUUACAAUGACACGAAACGGCUAGUUCACGAUCUGAUCCCACCGGGCGCAUGUAAAAGCCUCAACGCCUCAGUCAUCUACGCCAACAACGAGGUUAGCUUGGCUGAAGUGGACAUCUACGGCUUUGAUUAUGACUACACCCUGGCCCAGUACUCCAAUGCACUUAACACCCUCAUCUACAAUACAGCAAGAGGAUUUUUAAUUGAACACUUCAAGUACCCUGAAGGCAUUGGAAAAUAUGAUUACAUUCCCAACUUUGCUGUCCGGGGUCUUCACUAUGACAUCCAGAAGGGUCUUCUGAUGAAAAUUGAUGCCUUCCACUACAUCCAGCCAGGAACGGUGUAUCGGGGUCUGACUCCACUGCCAGAUGAGGAGGUACUCGAGCUCUAUGGAGGGACGUUCCAUGUCCCCCUCCAGCAGGACAGUGGCUUCUAUGGAAAGGGACCAAAGGUGAAGCAGUUUAUGGACAUUUUCUCCAUUCCCGAGAUGACUCUCCUGGCUGCUGCAAACGAUUUUUUCAUCACCAACGACAUUGACUACGAUCCAGUUCACCUCUUUAAGGAUGUUUCUGAAGCCAUUGGCAUGGUUCAUCUCAAAGGUUACAUGUACAAGUGGAUCAUGCAAGAUUUAAAUAAGUUCAUUCUGAGAGGAGAAGAGACGGAUGCUGUUCUGCAUCGACUGGUCAGUCACGGAAAGAAGCUGUUCCUCAUCACCAAUAGUCCUUUCAGCUUUGUGGACAAAGGCAUGACACACAUGGUGGGGAAAAACUGGAGAAGCUUCUUCGAUGUGGUCAUCGUGCAGGCAGACAAACCUCACUUCUUCACUGACUGUAUCAAACCUUUCAGACGCUUAGACAAUAACGGAGACCUUCGGUGGGAGAAGAUUACCAGUUUGGACAAAGGACAGAUUUAUAAACAAGGGAACUUGUUUGACUUUCUCAGACUGACAGGCUGGAGAGGAUCAAAGGUUCUUUACUUUGGAGAUCAUCUGUACAGUGACUUGGCUGAUCUGAUGUUGCGACAUGGUUGGCGUACUGCAGCCAUUGUCCCAGAACUGGAGCAUGAAACCAAAGUUGUGAGCACGCACCGAUAUGCUGUGAACCUCACCUGGCUGCAGGCUUUAACUGGCUUGAUGGAGCGCCUUCAGACACACCAGGACCCUGAUUCUAAACAAGUGUUUGUGGAAUGGCAAAAAGAAAGAGAAGAACUAAGGGUGAUGACAAAGAACUUGUUCAAUCCUCAGUUUGGCAGCAUCUUCAGAACAUUACACAACCCCACCUACUUCUCCAGGCGUCUGAGUCGUUUCUCAGACAUCUACAUGACUUCUCUGAGCUGUUUGCUGAAUUACGACCUGUCUUACACUUUCUACCCACGCCGCACUCCUCUUCAGCACGAAGCCCCCCUGUGGAUGGAUCAGCUCUGCACAGGCUGCUUGAAAACGCCUCAUCUGGAAGAAAUGUCUCACAUAAAAUAAGAGCUGUGCUCUCUUGAUUGACUUCUAGCAUUUCACAUUUUAGGACUGGUAAUCACUUGAGAAAGCCGGAGGAAACAAUUCCUUUAACAGGGUUGUAUUUUUUUCUUUUUCUGUUACCUUUUUUUUAACUAUAUAAAGGGUGCUGCACAACUCCCCUCCACAUGGCACACUCUACUGUUCGACAUAGUGAAUACUCGGUGAACCCACAGGGGGGUGCUGUAGAUCUACAGUGGCAGUUGUCCAGGGAGCUUGUCCACAUUUUGUGUUAAAAAAUUUCACAGACAGCUGGUCUCUGGCUAAAUCUGUGGAAAACUAAGCUGCAGGCGCACAGUUAAAGCAAACAAAGAAUUUGAAUCUUUCCUAAUUAAGUGUUUAUGUUAUUAACAUUCAUGCACUGUACACUUGUCAUGUAAUAAUAUGGUACAUUUUAAGCAAGUUACCUCUGAAAUAAAAUGAAUUGUUGCAGGUUGGAAGUGAGGCCGAAUGAUGAUGAAUUAAGUACAUAUUAAGAUAUGUGUAUAGAAUUGUAAUUUCUCUGAGAAAUUGUCUUCCACUGUCACUGGUCGUUUGGUUGCUAGGCAGCACAGCAUCCAUUCAUCACUGCUGUAGUCAGCUUUCAGAAUUUCAUUUACUCCCAGCAGCCUGCUUGAAGACCACAGCAAAGGUACUGUGCUCUUCUCUGUCACAGGUCAUGAUUCUGGGCAACAACAUGCUCAUGUGUGAUGGCUGUUGCUGUUUAGCUGUUGCUACUACAGCUGGCGAUAAAUUCAAGCAUAACUGGCAGAGCUACUGCGGUUGUUUUGCUUCAACUUUGUCAUGCUGUCCCGUCCAAGAGACCACUGUAUGUCAUUUACUCUCCAUCUUUGUAAUACGAUGUAUGUUCAUAUUCUGGUCUGUUAAGAUACGACUAAUUACUAAUAAACACAUUAAACUUA